CCCGCCCCUCCAGAGACGCCACCGCGGCCCUCUCCGGCGGGCGCCGCCAUGUUGGGGGUCCUCGCCGCGGGCGCGUAGGUGUCUUCAUAAGAUGCCGGCUCGGCGGCACCCGGCUUUCUCCCCCCAAGAUGGCGUCCAUGCGGGAGAGCGACACGGGCCUGUGGCUGCACAACAAGCUGGGGGCCACGGACGAGCUGUGGGCGCCGCCCAGCAUCGCGUCCCUGCUCACCGCCGCGGUCAUCGACAACAUCCGCCUUUGCUUCCACGGCCUCUCAUCGGCCGUGAAGCUCAAGCUGCUGCUCGGGACGCUGCACCUCCCGCGCCGCACCGUGGACGAGAUGAAGGGCGCCCUGGCGGAGAUUAUCCAGCUGGCCACCCUGGACUCGGACCCCUGGGUUCUCAUGGUAGCUGACAUCCUGAAGUCCUUUCCCGACACAGGCUCGCUUAACCUUGACCUCGAAGAGCAGAAUCCCAACGUUCAAGAUAUUUUAGGAGAACUUAGAGAAAAGGAGACGGAACCCGUGCUGCUGCAGGCCGAGUGGCUGGACCAUCAUUCCCUGCAGGUGGCCCCUGACACAGCCCUUUCUCCCCUACGAGUGAACGAGUGUGAAGCAUCCGCCAUGCUGCCCCUGGAGUGCCAGUACUUGAAUAAAAACGCCCUGACGACCCUCGCCGGACCCCUCACUCCCCCAGUGAAACAUUUUCAGUUAAAAAGGAAACCGAAGAGCGCUACGCUGAGGGCAGAGCUCCUGCAGAAAUCCACCGAGACGGCCCAGCAGCUGAAGAGGAGCGCGGGGGUGCCCUUCCACGCCAAGGGCCGGGGGCUGCUCCGCAAGAUGGACACCACAACCCCGCUCAAAGGCAUCCCGAAGCAGGCGCCCUUCCGCAGUCCCGCCGCCCCCAGUGUCUUCAGCGCUGCCGGGAACCGGACCCCCAUCCCGCCCUCGAGGACACCGCUGCGCAAGGAGAGGGGAGUGAAGCUGCUCGACAUCUCUGAGCUGGACAUGGUGGGCGCCGGCCGGGAGGCCAAGAGGAGGAGGAAGACGCUCGAUGCAGAAGUGGUGGAAAAGCCGGCCAAGGAGGAGACCGUGGUGGAGAACGCCACCCCGGAUUACGCGGCUGGCCUGGUGUCCACACAGAAACUCGGGUCCCUGAACAGCGAGCCGGCACUGCCAUCCACGAGCUACCUGCCUGCCACACCCAGCGCGGUCCCGGCCUCGUCCUACGUCCCCAGCUCCGAGAGCCCGGCAGCACCGUCUUCUCGGGAAGCUGGCCUGCAGGCUAGCCGGCCGCCCGAGGAGCCCAGUGCCCCCAGCCCCGCGCUGCCAGCGCAGUUCAAGCAGAGGGCCCCCAUGUACAACAGCGGCCCGAGCCCAGCCGCACCUGCGCCUUCGACACCCACCUCACCGCUGACGCCCACCACACCUCCAGCCGUCACCCCGGCCGCCCAGACACCUCCGGUGGCCAUGGUCACCCCACAGACCCAGCCCCCUGCCCAGCAGCAGCCCAAGAAGAACCUGUCGCUCACGAGAGAGCAGAUGUUCGCUGCGCAGGAGAUGUUCAAGACGGCCAACAAAGUCACGCGGCCCGAGAAGGCCCUCAUCCUGGGCUUCAUGGCCGGUUCCCGAGAGAACCCGUGCCAGGAGCAGGGCGACGUGAUCCAGAUCAAGCUCAGCGAGCACACGGAGGACCUGCCCAAGUCGGAUGGCCAGGGCAGCACCACCAUGCUGGUGGACACCGUGUUCGAGAUGAACUAUGCCACAGGCCAGUGGACGCGCUUCAAGAAGUACAAGCCCAUGGCCAAUGUGUCCUAGGGCCCCCCCGCCCCCGCCCACCUUCACUGCGGGGCUGAGGGACGACCCGUGACCGGCCCACGACUGCUGCCGAGCCCCAGCCCACGGAAGCUUUUAGGUUCAUUUCUUGGGGGUGUUCUGGACUUAUUUUUUAAAUUUUAAUAUGGGUUACCUUUUGUGUGAUUUCAGAUACUUUUUUGGAUUCAAUAUUGCAUUUUUGAAUGUUAAAGUUAACCAAAAAACUUAUAACUUCCUAAUUUUAGCGACAGCUCUGCCUGUUAGACUUUUAUCUUUUUUUUUAAUUUUUUUCUUAAAUUCCACUGACCACGAGGGAGGGCUCUUCCUUGCUAGUGCGCCGCUCUUCCCGUCCCACGAGGUUGAGGGGACCAAAGUGAGGCCCAGCACAGUUGAGAACGGGGUGGGGACGGCCUGCCACGUGCCCCGGAGCGGGAGACGCCGGGCUGCACACGCCAUGCGCAGGUUUUGUAUUUGUCUUUUGUAUGGUUGUGAGCAUUGAGACCAGUCUUCUGGUGCCUGUUUUCAUUGUACAAACGAUCCAAGUAAUUAAAGUAUAGCUUUUCUAAAGAAAGCCCCGGAGCUGUGUUUUGGGCCAGCCUGGCCUCUCUGCUCCAGGGCUCCAGGCCCUCUCGGGGGUGGGGGCUGGUGGGGGCCGCAGGACAGUCACCCCCCGCUGACACGGCCAGAGGCUCUUUAUCGGAGAAGACAGAGGACCUGGAGCUGAGUGAACACCAGCUGAGAAGAGUCGGCAGCUGACUCCUGACCAUUUCUCUCUCAAUGGGGAUUUUUGGGUACGGCGGACACCACGACGCCCAUGAGCAAUUCACUCUAGUGACUAACACCCAACACCAUGCUGCUCGGAGGAUCGAGAAUUUGGCAACAGUCAUUUGUGUUAAUUUUCGUCAAAACAGGCUUAUCUUUAAUUCCCGGAAAUACGGUAGUUCUGGAAGGUGGGCACUACACACACCCCGUGGUUUGUGUGAUCAGGAUCACAACUCGAGGCAUCCGAAGCGCAGACCUGAGCGUAUGGGAGGCCCGGGAGGCAGGGUGUUGCGCGCGGCUCCUUGCGGGACGGGGCAAAUGGAGUCUCCCCCGUGCUCCAUGGGCGCCACACUCGAUUCCCCUAGUGGUCGCGUGUCAUGAGUGCCAGGGUGGACACGUCCCCGGGCCCCACACCCGGAGACCAGUGCUGGCACGGACAGGCGCGACCUCACCCUCCGGGGCCACAGUGCCGGCCGUUCCUGAUGCGGAGGAAUCCGGAGAUGUUGGGGCAAUUUUCGUUUUGUUUCUGCUUCGUGUUCAUGACAAAGGACUGAAGCUGAUGUUCAGAAAGACCAAAUCCCCCUACACGAGCUCUCCCUCUGACUCGGAGCAAAGCGCGUUGGCCCCCAUGGGAGAGCCCUUGGCGCUCAGCCGCCACGCUGCAGCCUUGUUGUACUGAUUUAUAAACCAGUUUUCUAGAGAUUUUUCAAAGUUAGUGUUAUUUGCUCAUUAGUUCAACAGUUUUUGGAAAGAGGAUAACCAUAUUUAAAAUAAUUUUUCCAGUAUUUCCUUCAGAAAGAUCGUAGAUUUUGAAAAUAUCAAAGUGACUCAAAAAAAUCACAAGAUUUUUUACUACGUCAAAUACAAAAAUAAGUUAAUCUGCUCCCCAAAGUGCACUGCAAGCCCAGUCUGAUGGUCUGACUUCGGCAGAAGUCCCUUCGCUGGUGGGAAAGGACAAGCAAGGUGCGUGGCCCGCACCCCAGGCCCCGGGCUCUGAGGAGCGGACUCCUGCAGGGACCCCGCGGCCUCGGGCCCUGGCCCAGAGCGCGAGGGUGUAGGAGCGCCGCCGGACCCGUUGCUGGAACAGCCUUCCAAGUUGUUCAGAGAAUAAGGAGCAUAAAUCUAUACAUCAAUCCAGUAUUUUCUUAGGACGAUUUGAGAGAAAUUAGAGUUCUAAACUGAACCCCCCCCCCCCCCCAGUCCCCGUGUCUUACCAAAGCAAGUGCAUUUCCAGAGGUCACCUGAGCCACAUGCAGGAGUCAACUGAUGAUCAAGAUCCCAUGUUUCCUGGGUCGCCGUGUAUGGCUCCUUUCUCCAGGACGGCGGUAGGAGAGGCACCAAAGGGACCGCCACAGUCGGUAAAACUCUGCUGUUAGUGCUGGGGGAGGCGCGGACCUGCGGACACCAGGGAGCCUCACACCAGCAGCAGAUUCUUCCCUGUGGUCAGAACCUGGCAGAGACCACCACCCCCAAGAGCUCGUGUCACAGAACCAUGGAGAAGCCGUGAACAGGGCUCUGGGUCCAAGGACAUCCUGCAAUUGUGCAAGGAGCAGGAGACCUCAGGAGCAGUUUUCAAGAAGGGCUGUGUAUACUUCUCUGCAGGAUACGUGUCCUCCUUAGGUUAUCUUAAGAAGAAAGAGCAGAAAACAGCGUUUGCCGCUGAGUAUCCCCUCCCCUCCCAUUGCAAGCACCGAGACUGCAGUCCCCGCGGAGGGCACACGGGUGGUCUGACGGGACCCCUGCCCUCGGGGCGCUCCGGACUCCCCACAGUCAAGAGGAACUCCAAGAGAGAAGACAACUUCAUAUUCCCAGCAGCUUCUCACUUUGUGGGGCUGGGCCUUCUAAUAAGUGAAAGUUAGUGGCCAUCUCCCGGGGAAACUCAGGCCGGACGCCCGCCCGCUGCUGCGCCCGUGGUACAGGCCCGGAGCCCCGGCGCGAGCGCUUCUCCACGGCGUGUCCCAGCUGAGCACGUUUUCCACGAACAGACCCACACGUAUGACUCAAUGGCAGUAACUAGAGGGAACAGUUCUAAACUCUGGGUCUCUCCUCAGACCCUGAGGGAACAUUUUUUGGAAAUGCACGUCUCCCACGUGCUCUGGGUCCCCAGGGUGGCGAGCACCUGCCCUGCACCCAACUGUCACCU